AAAAAAGAAAACUCCCCGGAUGCUGCCUAGCCUGAGACCGGCUCGGAACUUUCCAGAAAAGUCGCGGUCGUUUUGUCUGUGGGAGAGAAAGAGGCAGGCGAAGGUGGCACUCGGCGGCAAGAGCGGGUAGACUUACGGGGAAGACGUCAGGCUGCCUUUUUUUUUUCGGCCGAAAGCGCGAGAUAAGGUUGCAUCAUGGUGAAGGAGACCACAUACUACGAUGUGCUUGGGGUAAAACCUAAUGCCUCUCAGGAGGAGUUGAAAAAGGCCUAUAGGAAGUUAGCAUUGAAGUACCACCCAGAUAAGAAUCCUAAUGAAGGCGAAAAGUUCAAACAAAUUUCCCAAGCCUAUGAAGUCCUGUCUGAUUCCAAGAAAAGAGAGUUGUAUGAUAAAGGUGGUGAACAAGCAAUAAAAGAAGGUGGUAGUGGAAGCGGUUUUGGAUCACCAAUGGAUAUAUUUGAUAUGUUCUUUGGAGGAGGUGGAAGAAUGCAAAGAGAAAGGAGAGGUAAAAAUGUAGUUCAUCAGUUAUCAGUAACUCUUGAAGAUUUGUACAAUGGAGCAACCCGGAAACUUGCUCUGCAGAAAAAUGUGAUUUGUGAUAAAUGUGAAGGCCGAGGGGGCAAGAAAGGUGCAGUAGAAUGCUGCCUUAAUUGCAGAGGAACAGGCAUGCAAAUAAGAAUUCAUCAGAUAGGGCCCGGAAUGGUUCAGCAAAUCCAAUCUGUGUGCAUGGAAUGCCAAGGCCAUGGGGAGCGCAUCAGUCCCAAGGACAGGUGUAAAAGCUGCAAUGGAAGGAAAAUUGUUAGAGAAAAGAAAAUUCUGGAAGUCCACAUUGAUAAAGGAAUGAAAGAUGGUCAGAAAAUAACUUUUCAUGGUGAAGGUGAUCAAGAACCAGGAUUGGAGCCAGGAGACAUUAUCAUUGUAUUGGAUCAAAAAGAUCAUUCUGUGUUUACAAGGCGAGGUGAAGACCUGGUCAUGUCUAUGGAUAUACAAUUAGUGGAAGCACUCUGUGGCUUUCAAAAACCAAUUGCAGUGCUGGAUAAUCGAACUAUAAUAAUUACUUCUCAUCCUGGUCAGAUUGUCAAACAUGGUGAUAUUAAGUGUGUACUAAAUGAAGGAAUGCCAAUCUACCGUAGGCCAUAUGAAAAAGGUCGUCUUAUAAUUGAAUUUAAGGUGAUAUUUCCAGAAAGUGGUUUCCUUUGCUCAGAUAAGCUAUGUUUAUUGGAAACACUUCUACCGCCAAGGCAAGAAGUGGAAGAAACUGAAGACAUGGAUCAAGUAGAGUUGGUAGACUUUGACCCAUCUCAGGAAAGAAGACAGCAUUACAAUGGUGAAGUAUAUGAAGAUGAUGAGCACCACCCUAGAGGUGGUGUUCAAUGCCAGACUUCCUAAAGUGGUCUCACAGUUACACUUGUGCUGCUUGUCCUGUAUGUCAGUUGUGGAUGAGUGAAGGACUGAAGUUGCUAUAUUCAAGACUUGCUAUUGUCUCUGUAAUAUUUAAACUUAGUUGUUUUUAAAUCAAGUUAACAAAUUAAAAUUGAUAAAACUCUACUUGGAUCAAGUUGGAAUGUUCAUAUUUCUAUAUGGCCUCCUAAGGAAAUCUGAAGCCACUUUACUCUGGCUUAUUUUAUUUUGUGCAUCAUAAGUGUAUUGUGUGCAAAUGCACUGGCUUAGUAUUCAGUGAUUUCUGUUUAGUAUUAUAAAUUAUAUUCCCUCUUAUGUAUGCAUCUGUAUUUAUGAUUCAUGUUAAGGAUGUGAAAUUAAAAUUUUGUAUUCAUCUAGAUACAUUGAUGUGUUUUGGGUGUGCUAUGGCUGGUUGAGAUUUUGCACAGCGCCUGUAUGGAACUCUACUUGUUUUCUUCUCUGGAAUGUUGAACACCCUUUCAUUCUAUACUGAGCUUUAGUUAGAAUGCUGUAUAAAACUCAUUGAUGUGAGACAGGAUCCUGACAUGAUUCUUGGAUAGGAGUAAAAAAUUCAUCAAACGUCUUAAGUGUAAAUGGGACAAAAGCUGAAAUCUUUAAAAGGAUUCUGAAUAGCAAAUACAUAAUUUUAUAGAGGCAAU